AUGGAUGGCGAGAUAAAGUUGAUGGAUUUGAUAGAUACUGUGAAUGGUAUGAACGACGUAGAGAGUGUGAAGUCUUACUGUUUAUCUAUAAUUUCAACUUUACAGAAGGAGUUACAGAAUAGGAAAUCGAGUCUUUGUGACAUUCGUCUUCUUGGAGAUUCUCAUGAAAAAGCCAUUGAAAAUAAUGAAAUUUUAGAGUUAAAGGCAAAACUGGAUAAAUAUAGCACUGAAAAUACAAAACUUAAAGAACAACUCAACACCAAACAAUUCUCAUCUCAAUCUGUUUUGGGGAGAUAUUUGAUUGAUAAGGUUCGUUUACUGAAGGUUGAAAAUGAAGAAUUAUCAAAGGCUUUAUUGGAAAAUCACAUUCAGCCUUUAUUUAUCGAAUUAAAUAAAGAAAAAGAACUCAACAAAUUAAUGGAAAAGAGAUUGAAAGAAUUACACGUAUUGAAUGUGAAAUUACGUAAAGAUAACAGUUAUCUAUCACACAAAUCAAGCGACUCUUCUGAUUCCAACGAAAUAAAUUUUCCUCACUCAAUCAAUUUGCUACCUAUCCUUAACUACCUAAUCUACUCCUUAACUAUACUUAAUUAUAGAAAGAGAGAAGAAUCAACGCGUAAGAGUACGAGAGAUCGCUCAUCAUCAUAUUCACGUAAUAAUAGUCGGUCAAAACGUUCGCUAUCACCUAAGCGAAGGAGUUCUUCCACAGCUAAAAGUUCCUCACCCAAGAGGAAGGAACGUUCCUCUAGACCCUCACCUUAUUCCAAACCUUCUGAUAAACAAUCCAGUUAUCGCAGUAAUAAUUCAAACGAUAAAUCAAAAUCAAAACACAAUAAAUCACACCAUUGA